CUGUUGUCAAGUUGUUUUUCCCUCAUGGUUUUCUCUUGUUAUGGCCAAUGAUGCUUAAGGGCUUGUUAAUGCCAUUUAUUUAUUUUUGUUAAACAUGUUUAUAACAUGAAUCAUCACACUAAAGUAAGGAAAUAACUUGAGUCUUGUUUUACAUGACAGAUGACGUUGUCAGUGAACAAGUUCUGUGGCCGAGUAUUGAUUGAAACUGUCGGGCAGUGGUGUUGAUCUAUAUUAGUGAAAACUUAAAACAAUUGAACAGAAUUGUGAAAUAUUCGACCUCAUGUUAUACGAGCAGAACUAAACUAUGUUUUGGGGAAAUAUGAGAUUCCUGACCACUUUUACAGUCUAUAGGCCUUAGGUUAGGAGAGAUGCGCUAUAGCGCAGCCAGGUAUGGUGCGUAAUGGAGAUUCCAAAGCGCUCUUCUUUUGGUCAGAACCAAGGAGAGCGAUCGCGGAUAGGUCCGUCCUUUUCACCGACAAUUUUUACAAUGCAACAACAUAUUUAAAGAGCAUCAAGCUAUUACAAUGUUUAUUAUGUAAGCACAUAUAGUAUAUAUAAUAUAACAGUAUAUUAGUCAGUCAUUUGUAUUAGGUUAAACAGUGAUUUGAUAACGUUUUUAAUUUAAGGCCCACCCACAAUUGGUCUGGCCCAUCCAAAACUGGAAUCCUGGCGCCGUGCCUGUAUCAGCUAUCACCAGUUGAAGAAGAGAUAGUAUGAAGAAUAUUUUGCCCCAUUGCCUACCCAACAACUUAGCAGCUCAGGCUGUGUAAAGCCAGUUAGGCUAUCUCCACUCACCAUCCGCUGUGGUGGCUUUCUGGCGAGGCAUCAGCAUGGCAGCGAACUCCUGCAGCUGGUUUCCUCUGAUAAUACGGUCCAGUCUGUCGUCCAGGAGCCUCUCUGGUCAGUUUCACCGUCCUUUAACCAUCUGAGUAUUGUCCUGAUCAUGGCUGUGACCAACCAACCAGGCAGCUACGCACCCUCGGAGUUCCAGACAGGCCUGUGUGAUUUCAGCGAUGACUGUGGAACUUGCUGGUGUGGUUUGUUCUGCUACCCAUGCCUCAGCUGCACCAUCGCCAGAGACAUGAACGAGUGCUGCCUGUGUGGUCUGACCUGGGCGACCCGCAGCGUCUACAGGACCAAAUACAACAUCAGAGGGUCACUGUUAAAGGACUUUAUUGUGCACAUAUGGUGUCCAUGCUGUGCCACCUGCCAACUGAGGAGAGAUAUCGACCGCAGGAAGGAGCAAGGCAUUUUCUGAACAGCUACAAUCCUCUGAGGGAAAUGACAUUCAUCUCUUCCAGUCUGUUAAACGUUAGUCAGCUGCCCGGGACACAACCUGGGAGUGGAAAACAACAUCCUGAUUUAUUGUUACAGUUGUAAAAAAGAGGUUUUAAAAGUUGUAUCUGUGCUGUCGUCUGCAGUUGACAGGAUGUGGAUUCUGUGUGUUUACUGUAAAGGUGUUCUUUAAAUAAAUAAAA